UAGUGUGGGAGGAUAUGAUAUUAAUUUGGUCAAAGCUUGCCUUUCGUUAAGACUUAAGAAAAUGGACUUGUUAAAUCUUGGAUGAAUAGAAUAGGCACGUUAAAGAGUGAAAGGGACUAUAAUAAUAAUUAGAUAAAAUUUAGAAAGAUCUAAUUAGUAUUACUUAAAGAACAGAAAACAAUUGGUAACAUCUUUGUAAGAAAAUGAUUUUAUUUAAUUUUUUUAUACAAGGAGGCCGCGUUAUAGGGACUAGGGAAGAUUCAUUUUGGAACAGGUCUUUUUCAGAAACCCCGUGGGAGAGAACCGAGAAAAAGAGAGAGAGAAAGAGAAAGAGGAGGAGGAGACACGAACACAAAACUAAGAAAAAAAGAAAAGAAGAAAAAGGUUUUGUGUCUCCUCUUGAAGAGAGAAUGUCAAUGGAAUAUGAGAGUAACAAUUGGAUUUGGGAUGGGGUGUAUUACUAUCCCCAUCUCUUUGGUGGCCUAAUGCUAACGGCCGCCUUGCUCGGUUUGUCAACAACUUAUUUUGGUGGAAUUGGACUUUUCCCAUUGUCAUAUGUUUGGUCAGAUUUAGGGAUAUUCCACAAGAAGAAGCGUGAGAAGAAGCGCAUUCGGGUUUACAUGGAUGGAUGCUUUGAUCUCAUGCAUUAUGGCCACGCCAACGCGUUGAGGCAAGCUAAGGCAUUAGGAGAUGAAUUGGUGGUGGGUGUUGUCAGUGAUGAGGAGAUUAUUGCUAAUAAAGGCCCUCCCGUUCUACCCAUGGAAGAGAGGCUGGCACUUGUCAGUGGAUUAAAGUGGGUAGAUCAAGUAAUAGCGAAUGCCCCCUAUGCAAUUACUGAGCAAUUCAUGAACAGUCUGUUCAAUGAGCAUAAGAUUGACUAUAUAAUACAUGGUGAUGAUCCUUGCCUUCUCCCAGAUGGAACUGAUGCUUAUGCCUUGGCAAAGAAAGCUGGUCGCUACAAGCAGAUUAAACGCACUGAAGGUGUCUCCAGCACUGAUAUUGUAGGAAGAAUACUUUCUUCUGUAAAGGAUACUAAAGGAGGUGGAAGUAAUAAUAGCACACUUUUGAAUGAAGAUUCGGGUGAAAGACAUCAAUCAAAAAGGGGACAGGUUUCCCAAUUCCUACCAACAUCUCGGCGGAUUGUGCAAUUCUCAAAUGGCAAGUCUUAUUCAGUUUUUACCCAGGGACCUGGACGAAAUGCUCUCGUUGUGUAUAUUGAUGGGGCAUUUGAUCUCUUUCAUGCAGGGCAUGUUGAGAUCCUCAAGAAGGCAAGGCAGCUUGGAGACUUUUUGCUAGUUGGUAUCCAUGCUGACCAUAUUGUGAGUGAGCAUAGGGGGAUGCCCUACCCAGUUAUGCAUGUACAUGAGCGCAGUCUUAGCAUGUUAGCUUGCCGAUAUGUUGAUGAAGUUAUCAUUGGUGCACCUUGGGAAAUUACAAAGGACAUGAUUACAACUUUCAACAUUUCUUUGGUUGUGCAUGGGUCAGUUGCAGAGAGUAACUCUUUGUUGCCUGGUGAAACUGAUCCAUAUGAAGUUCCUAAGAGCAUGGGAAUUUUUCGGUUGCUUGAAAGCCCUAAAAGUAUAACCACAACUUCUGUAGCCCAAAGGAUAGUUGCCAAUCACGAGGAUUACAUGAAACGCAAUGCCAAGAAGGCACAGAGUGAAAAGAAAUACUAUGAAGAGAAGACUUAUGUUGCAGGAGACUAGUCGUACAGGUUUACGUUAGGUAGCAAGUUUGGUACAGUUCUUAACGCUAGCCUUGACCAUUCAUGUAGAUGCUUGUUGAAGACAGUAUUGAGAGAUAGGAAGAAAAGAAAUGACACGGAAAUACAUCAAUACCAGAGACUUCCAAGCGAACAGUUUUAGCUUUUAUUAUUUUUAUUUAGUUCCUGAGAUACAGAGGAAUCUUAUAAUAAUUUGUUUACUAUCAUGCUUGUAAACAAUGUAAUCCCUGAUUAAUUUAUCCCCUGGUGCUCCUAAUUUAUUCAAAAGCAAAGAAGCUAUUUUUAUAUUACCUGAUAAUUUUGAUUACUAGUUCCAGGUUUAUUAAAAUACAUAGACCAAUAACCCAAAA